AUGACACCACGAACACUUGGUGAAAUAAUUCAAGAAUUGAUGUCCACAAAUGAUUAUGCUCAUGAUGAACAAUUGAAAGAUAUGUUACUAAUGAGUUGUAUUAAACGUAUCAAUAUUAAUUUUAAAGAAAAAAACUAUCACGAUGUCAUAACAGAUAUCAAGAUAUUGAAUUUGAUAACAUAUGAUAUUUAUACAGAUACAACUAUUUUUUUAAUGUAUCUUGAAUCAAUAGCUAGUCUAUGUAAAGAGAAAAUAAUCGUCGAAUUAGAAAACUUUAAAAUAAAUUCUAAUGAAAUGAAAGCUGUAAAAGAAAAUAUUGGUGUAUAUUUUAAUACAAAAUUAACGUUUUCAAAAGAAGUACAAAAACCAGUAAAAACUAAAAAAUAA